AUGAUGGAGGAGGAGCCAUACUUCAAGCCCAUUCCGGGCGCGGACCAACCGAGCCGGCGUGACCUGGCGCGGCAGAGGAAGCUAGAGCAGCUCCCGCGCGGAUUUCUCAAGGAGCAGUAUCUGCCGCAGAGGCUGGAUGGCAGUGCGGUGUUGGUCGAGUGGGGCGGCGUGUGGCGGGCCGACAACCGCAGCCUCCGGGCCGAGACACAAGGUAUCUUCUAUCGAGGAUCGAAGUGCUUGGAAGACACGGUUGACAAGGUCCUUCCAUGGAACAGCACGGUCCACGCAGACGACGAAGGCGACGGCUGGGUCAAGGUCAACGCAGCUCGGCACUGA